AUCUUUGUUUUUUUUUAAAUAGUGGAAUUAAAAGAUGGGAGAAAUAGCCAAACGAUUUUGCAUUCUACUGGAAUUUUUAUGGAUCAUCAGCUUACUAGUUCUCUCUCAGAGGUUGUUGCUAAGUCCAGUUUUCCUAUGAUUGUAUGGUUACAGUAAAAUAUUGUUUCUAAUAUACAGUAGCAUACCUCCAUUUAUACAGUAGGAUCUUUAUUGAAUCAGGGACAGAAGAAAUAAUAUGGCUUCAUCACAUUUCUGUUUAAUUUGGAAGAGUGACUCUGGGUGCUACACAGAAUGAAAUUCCUUGGAGAUUCUGUGUUCCUCCCUAUAUUCUUCUUUACCUUUUGGUCUGCUUUAACCAAGCAUUGCAACAUGCUAGUUCUUGAGGAUUGCAAAGCCCCUUAUGACUAUGAGUACUAGAUCUUAUUGCGUUGUUGGCUCAAGGACAUGCAUUCCUUGUACAGGAGGAAAUAGACAAGAAACUGCUUGCUUGCAAAGGAGAUAAGCUCCUUUCUGCAAAGUGUUGUCUGAUUUACAAUAUUUCUUUUUUUUUUCAGCCUCUUCUGACCUUACUGAUCUUUGCUAUGAGCAUUCUUUGUCAGUUUCUUACAAUGCUUUGCAUUGUUUUUACAAGAUAGGUGACCUGUGGUGAAAAUCAAGCAAGAAAGACAAUGACAAGCACAGUACCUUCCAAGAAGCCUUACCGUAAGGCUCCACCACAACAUCGUGAGAUUCAUCAUGAGCUGCCCAUUCUGUGUGAUGAAUAUGAUGGUGUGAUUUUGGCAGAGCAGAAUCAGGAGCCCUUGACAGAUGCAGAAAGGAUAAAGUUGCUGCAGCAUGACAAUGAGGAGCUGCGUCGACGUCUGACCUAUGUCACCAAUAAAAUGGAAGCAAUGGAGAGGGAGUUGGAGUCUGGGCAAGACUACCUGGAGAUGGAGUUGGGCCAAAAUCGAGAAGAGCUAGAAAAAUUUAAAGACAAAUUCCGUAGAUUGCAAAAUAGUUACACAGCUUCACAAAGAACAAAUCAGGAUUUGGAGGAGAAGCUGCAUGCCCUGAUUAAAAAAGCUGAAAUGGAUCGGAAAACUCUUGAUUGGGAAAUUGUGGAGCUCACCAAUAAGCUUCUGGAUGCCAAAACAACUAUCAAUAAACUAGAAGAGCUUAAUGAGCGAUACCGGCUAGACUGUAACUUAGCAGUGCAGCUCCUGAAGUGCAACAAAUCUCACUUUCGAAACCACAAAUUUGCUGAUCUUCCAUCUGAGCUGCAAGAUAUGGUCAACAAGCACUUGCAAAACACUCAGGAUUCUGUAGGCCCUGACCAGGAGGAACUGCACACCUUGGCUCCCUCUGAUGUUGUGCCCACCUCAGUCAUUGCUAGAGUGUUGGAGAAGCCAGAAUCACUUGUGCUGAACUCAGCCAAAUCCAGCAGUGGAAGUUGCUCUAUGGCUGAAGAUGUUUUUGUGCACGUAGAUAUGAGUGGCACUCUUCCUGAAACUUGUGUGAGUUCGGGGGAAGGAGAAAGCAAGGGGAAGGAGGGAUCUAGACAGCAAAAUGGAAGCUGCAAGUCACAGAACUGCUUGGAGAGCCUGCCAAAGGAGGUGCCUACUUUUGAGAAACUAAGCCCAUAUCCCACCCCUCCCCCUCCCCACCCCAUGUAUCCAGGGCGCAAAGUCAUUGAGUUUUCCGAGGACAAGGUGCGGAUUCCAAAGAACAGCCCGCUGCCCAAUUGUACUUAUGCUACCCGCCAAGCUAUCUCUUUGAGCUUAGUCCAGGGGGAGGAUGAGAACUGUGACAGGCAGCGCCCCUUUCCCAGCAGCCCAGCCUCAGGUCAACGCUCUGCCUCCAGCUGCUCCUACCAACCUUCCCCCAAGUGUAGCCGGGUUCCUGGAUCUUCUCAAAGCAGCCCCUUCAGCAGCCCCCCACAGGUUCCCAGCACAUUUGCCAGCUCUGCCAGCUCCGAGGAGGAUUUACUAGCCAACUGGCAACGGAUGUUUGUAGAUAAGGCUCCUCCUGCCACAGAGCAGGUGCUAGUAAACCGGACUGCUUUUAGCCGCGACACGGCACAGGAGCUCCAGAAACGUUUCAGCCGCUCCAUGCAAGAGUUAGGUCGGGUAGCUUCCGCCUACUCAGAUGGCGAAGAAUCUGUGCAGAGCUGCAGCUGGACUGUAAGCAGGGACUCAAGCGUGGACAUUGACAGCACAGAGUUUCGGAGUCGCCGGAACCACUUCUCUUCUGACUACAGCACAGAUUUCUCCCAGGACGAAAGCUGCAAAUUACUGCAAAGGUCUGGUACUGAGGGGGUGGCAGAGCCUGUCAUUUCUUCACCAGAGAAGUCCAAAGAUUACAUAGACUACCCAUCUGGGAGCCCAGCUGAAGAACCGGAACUGCUGUUCCAGGACAGGAGGGUGAACAGCCAGGAGGGGGUUUCUGAGCAGAGCAAGGAUGCCAAGAGCAAGCCACCUCCUGGGCGCCCACAUCGCAGCCCCAAAAGAAUGGGGGUUCAUCAUUUACAUCGGAAGGACAGCUUAACCCACGCUCAGGAGCAAGGCAACUUACUUACUUGAGAAUGGAGAAGAAGAAUUGUCUUGGCUACCC